GCUGUCUGUGUGGGUGGACCAUUUCAGUUUGUCCGUGAUGUGUACGCCGAGGAACUUAAAACCUUCCACCUUCUCUACGAAUAAUUGUUUGGCCGAAAUGAUUUGAUAUUGAGAUGAAAACGGCUGCAUUGGCUCUUUAAUCCUCAAAGAGGUGUCUGGUUAAUACUUUGUCAGCUGUUUUAUUACGUAGUUCCGCCAAUCUCCAAGUCAACAGUAGGCUGAGUGAAGCUGUGGAGAGGAUGGCACUGACCCUAUUCUGCUGUAAUGAAGCAGCUUCCGGGCACAGGGCACCAGCAGUAAACAUGGCGGAGGAGCUGUUGGAAGCGGUGGAGAGACUUCAGUCUCGGCUCUGCGAGAAUUUAGAGCCUCGCAAGCUCCAGAAGACCCUCAAACGGCUGGGGGAGCUGCCUAUGACUGUGGAUAUCCUUGUGGAAACUGGAGUAGGAAAAACUGUGAAUUCGUUCCGGAAACAUGAUCUUGCUGGAGAUCUUGCGAAGAGCCUUGUGGCCAAGUGGAAGAAACUGGUUCCCACCCCGUCUGCUGAAAGACCCGGCAACGCCAAGGACGUACGGACACAUGCGCACCCUCACAGCUCUGAGGGAAGGGACGUAAGCCACAAACGUGUCCGGGAACUAUCCCCAGAGGAGCCUCCUCAUGUAGAGGAGGAGGAUGAAGAGGAGGAGAUGAUGAUAGAGGAGGAAGAGGAAAGAGGCUACCGCACCAACUACUCCCCCUCCCCCCCUCAGCACCACUACAGCCCCCCACAGCUCAGCCACGGUGGCCAACGAGUGGGAUACCAGUCUGAGGGCUACGAGAGCCCCAUGGAGGAAGAGCCAGAGCCCGCGCCCAGCCUCCUUCACAAAGAGGUCCGACACACCAAACCACACAAAGAGCCUGGCAGGGAGCAUCACGGUUCCCACGGCGACCGGGACGAGGAGAGGCGGCGACGUCAUGUCCAGGCGGGCGGUGGUGGCGGUGGCGAAGGGAAGAAGCGCAGCGCGGAGAGGGAACCGCAGCACACUGGCAAGGCCUCCAAGCACAGUCGGCACUCCACCCCGCACGAGAGUAAGAGGGACAAGAGAGGUGGAAGUGAUGGGAGGUCACGUGAGCCUAGGGACUCCCCUGUAUUAGUCCAAGUGACUGAGGAGCAGGCAGAAGAGGCAUUUGAUACCCCCACCAUGUCGUUUGAAUCCUUCCUCACAUAUGACGCCCCUACGCCCACUAAGAAGAAGAAGAAGCCCGGCAGCAGCAGUCGGCCCUCCUCCCACCACCACACACCUCCUCGUCCGCCUGUCCUGCCCUCGCCUGCUGCUCCUUCCUCCUCCAAGGAGUCCAAGCCCAGCAAGGCCAACGGGAGCCGCAGUAAAAGGGCUGAUCCAGCCCAGAACCCGACAGCAACGACUCCGGUGCCUGAGAAACGCCGGAAGGUGGUCGAGGUUGUGUCCACGCUUCCUGAUAUCUCUCUGCCAGCCAUCCAGCCUUUCUACAGACCUCUGCCUUCCAUUGAUCUCACACCGUUGUCUCCUCAGCGGCGUAAAGGUCCUGUGUCAAAUGACGCCGAGGAGGACACCGGCUUCACUGGGAGACGCUUUAACUCUAAAAUGACGGUCUACUCGGGUUCAAAGACGUCCUAUCUGCCCAAGAUGAUGAGUCUGUACGAGCAGUGCAUCCGGGUGCUUCAAAACAACAUUGACUCAAUUGAUGAGGUGGGAGGUGUGCCAUUUGAGAUUCUGGAACCAGUACUAGAGCGAUGCACCCCAGAACAGCUUUACCGCAUUGAGCAGUGCAAUCAGUGUUUUAUGGAGGACUCUGAUGAGCUUUGGCAUCGCCACUGCCAGCGGGACUUCAAGCGUGAGACGCCCCAGGAGUACGAGUCGUGGCGGGAGAUGUACCUGCGGAAGCACGACGAGCGGGAGGAGCGCCUUCGCAAGCUCACCCAGAACAUCAGUUCGGCCCAUGCCAACAAGCCCAAAGGUCGACAGGUUAAAAUGGCAUUUGUGAACUCUGUCGCCAAACCUCCGCGUGAUGUCCGCCGGCGACAGGAGAAGUUUGGCACCACAAGCACCUCCACUGCCAGCUCCACCGCAGCUGCAGCUCCGAUCAAAAUAAGGCCAGCCUUGUCGUAUAGCUCUCACUCGGAUGAGCCCAGCCACUCCUCCUCUCACGACAGUCCCCCUGAGACCUCUCGCUCCUCAGGCCCCAGCGUUGGCCCCAGCGCCAGAGACAACAAACCACAGGUCAAAAAAAUCGCCCCCAUGAUGGCCAAAACUAUCAAAGCUUUCAAGAACAGAUUCUCCCGCCGAUAGAGCUAGAGAGAGAUGAAUGUAUGACGUGAUUGAGAGGAGAGGAAGAGAUUGUAGGAGCUAAGAUCUUUUUAAUUCAAUGAAUUAUGGGUAAUCUACAAAUGCCCACCAGACAUGUGCACACACAUACAGUCGUGGCCAAAAGUUUUGAAAAUGAAUAUACAUUUUCAAAGUUUGCUGCUUCAGUGUCUUUAGAUAUUUUUGUCAGAUGUUACUAUGGAAUACUGAAGUAUAAUUACAAUAAUUUCAUAAGUGUCAAAGGCUUUUAUUGACAAUUACAUGAAGUUGAUGCAAUGAGUCAAUAUUUGAAGUGAUGAGCCUUCUUUUUCAAGACCUCUGCAAUCUGCCCUGGCAUGCUGUCAAUUAUCUUCUGGGACACAUCCUGACUGAUGGCAGCCCAUUCUUGCAUAAUCAAUGCUUGGAGUUUGUCAGAAUUUGUGGGGUUUUGUUUGUCCACCCGCCUCUUUAGGAUUGACCACAAGUUCUCAAUGGGAUUAAUAAGGUCUGGGGAGUUUCCUGGCCAUGGACCCAAAGUAUCGGUUUUGUUCCCUGGGCCACUUAGUUAUCACUUUUACCUUAUGGCAAGGUGCUCCAUCAUGCUGGAAAAGGCAUUGUUCAUCACCAAACUGCUCCUUGAUGGUUGGGAGAAGUUGCUCUCAGAGGAUGUGUUGGUACCAUUCUUUAUUCAUGGCUAUGUUCUUAGGCAAAAUUGUGAGUGAGCCCACUCCCUUGGUUGAGAAGCAUCCCCACACAUGAAUGGUCUCAGGAUGCUUUACUGUUGGCAUGACACAGGACUGAUGGUAGCGCUCACCUUGUCUUCUCCAGACAAGCUUUUUUGGGAUGCCCCAAAAAAUCGAAAAGGGGAUUCAUCAGAGAAAAUGACUUUGCCUCAGUCCUCAGCAGUCCAAUCCCUGUACCUUUUGCAGAAUAUCAGUCUGUUCCUGAUGUUUUUCCUGGAGAGAAGUGGCUUCUUUGCUGCCUU